AAACGCGAAUCUCUCUUUCUUUCUCUCUCUAGUUUUUUCUUUUUUUCCUCUCUCUCUCUGUCGUGUUCUCUCUCUAACCUUUCAAAAGCGAAAUCGAAAUAAGAAAAAACAAAAAUCGCUCUAAACAACAAAAAAGAAAAAAAAAAAAAAAAGAAAAGGGAUCGGAUCGGAAAGAAUACGAACCAGAAUAUAACUGAAAACCCUAACCCUAGACCUAGCCGCGGCUUAUCCUCUCUUUCUUUUCUUUCCCUGUAUGAGUUGUCUCUCACAAGUGCACACGUUAAAGACUAUAAAAAAAGCCCAGUGUUUGGAUUUAGGGUUAGGGUUCAUGGGAAGGUGCAUGAAAGGGCCUGAAACAGAGGGAGAUUAGGAAUUUUAUAGGAUUUAGGAAUUAGGGCUUUCGGUUAUGGAAUGCGUAGGAGGUUGUGGGCAUGGUUUUGGUUGGUUACGGUGAUGACCGGAGGCCGAUGUCACCGGCGGAAGAAAAUGAUGGGUAGGGGUGCGGACGGAGGCUGCGGCACCGAGGAGAGACCUUGUCCGGUCCAUAAGGUUCCGGCGAAAAUUCCGACGACGAACCAAAAGGAGGUUGUUGAGAAGCCAGCUUCGGUGGACAUUGAUUUUUACUCGCAGGCUAAGAAAGCACUCUGUGAGCGCUCGCCUUUCGAUGUUGCUGAGGAGGCUUCGGCUUCGACUGUCCCCACGUUGCCUAAUGGGUUGGCGAGCUUUUUGUCUAGGCAAUCUGAUAGUCGGAAACGGCAUAAGAAGUCUCAUUCCAGUGCGGAUAAGAAGAAGUCUUCUUCUCGGGCCAGUGAAAAAUCCCGGGUUUCCAACAUUUGGGUUGACACUGAGGUGUACUUUAGGGACUUAACGUUGCCAGAUAUAGACGCAUUGUCAGAGGUUUCUUCUUUUAGUAAUUCCACUACUCGGAAGUGUUUCUUGAUUCCUUGUUUGGGAAAUGUUCCCAGGGCGAAUGCUGGUGGUGGUAGUGGCGAGAAUGUCAAUGGUGCGUAUGCAAAUGGGGUUGUUGUGAAAGACGAGAACGUCAAUGGUGGGAAUACUAAUGAGGGUCUUGUUAUAAAAAAUGAAAACGUGGACGGUGGAGAUGGAAUUGAAAAUGUAAAUGGAAAUGAAAAUGGUGUAGUUAAAGAGGAGGUGAAGCCGGAGGGUGUGCAGUCUAUGGAAAUUGAUGGUGUGGAAGACGAUAGUUUGCCGCAGAAGGAGAAGGAUUCUUAUGUUUCGGAUUUGCCAACCGGUUUGGAGUGGCUUUUAGGUUGUAGAAAUAAGAUAUCUUUAACUUCGGAACGCCCUUCCAAGAAGAGAAAGCUUCUGGGUGUAGAUGCAGGAUUAGAGAAAGUUUUGGUUGCUUGUUCUUGUUCGGGCAAUUCAUCCUUGUGCCAUUUUUGCUCUGCUGGUGACACGGGAAAAGAAUUGAACAGGUUGAUUGUUUGUAGUUCGUGUCAGGUUGCUGUUCAUCAGAAGUGUUACGGUGUGCAGGAGCCUCUAGAUUCAUCUUGGCUGUGCACGUGGUGUAAGCAGAAGACUGAUAAGACUGAUACUCGGGAAUCAGUAAAGCCGUGUGUUCUUUGCCCGAAGCAGGGUGGUGCAUUAAAGCCUGUUUUCAAGAAUGUAGAAAGUGAUGAUCCUGUGGAGUUUGCUCAUUUAUUUUGUUGUCAGUGGAUGCCAGAGGUUUAUAUAAUGGACUUAAUGAAGAUGGAGCCAAUAAUGAAUGUGGAAGGAAUUAAAGAAACUCGUAGAAAAUUAGUGUGUAACAUAUGCAAGGUGAAGUGUGGUGCUUGUGUUCGGUGCAGUCAUGGAACUUGUAGGACUUCCUUUCAUCCUUUAUGUGCAAGGGAGGCGAGGCACAGAAUGGAAGUUUGGGGAAAGUAUGGAUGUGAUAAUGUUGAAUUAAGGGCUUUUUGCUCAAAGCACUCUGACAUACUGGAUAACGACAACACCUCUCAGUUAGAUGACCCUUCUGUAGCUGUUGGCAGUGACUACCAUGCUACAAACAAAUUACUGAAGUUGAAGAUUGACCAGAAAAAUGGAGAUAAUAUUGCUGUUCAUACAGGAACUCCUGACACCAGUUCUGAUCCAUCGGAUGAUAGUGAACCUCGGGAAAUAGGUUUGGCUGAUUCCAGACUUAUGUCAGUGUGUAAUGAUGCACAACCACUUAAUGAUGUAGAGUCAUUUGAAAGGGGCACUGUGGAUGUUGAUGCAUCUGACUCUAUUAAUUUUAAAUUGAUUUUAAAGAAGUUGGUUGACCGUGGAAGAGUAAACGUAAAAGAUGUAGCAUCGGACAUCGGUGUUGCACCUGAUUCUUUAUCUGCAUCACUUGCUGAAGAUACCAUGGUUCCUGAUGUGCUAUCUAAGAUUGUUAAAUGGCUUAAAAACCAUGCUUACUUGAAUACAUUACAGAAAAACCUGAGAGUUAAAAUACGGCCAUCAAUUUCAUCCAAGGCUGAGUUUGGAGCUAAUGGUGAUUCUGACAAUGCAUCGGUUUCAGAAUCUGAUGUUGCGGAGCCAGUAGCUGUCAAGUCGGUGCCCCCAAGACGAAGAACCAAAAGCAAUGUUAGGUUUUUGAUGGAUACCGAAACAUUAUGCUCAACUGAUGAAAUAUCUGGUGACAGUGGGAAAGUAAUGAACGAGGCUAAGGUAGAUCAAGUCCUUAAUGAAGAAGCUGACAAUUCAAGUAAAUCAUCCUUACCUGAUGUUGUUGAAAAGAACAUGACUCAGCCUGAUGGAUUUCAACACUCUUCACAAACAAUUUCCCCUAAAUCUCAAGUCAGCCCAGCUGAACCCUUAGAUUGUAGAAUUCGGCAAAGUGGUCAAGGAGAGGAUCAAGAAGAGGAGGAUGCUGUUUCUGUGCUGAAUACUUGUGUGAAUGCAGAUGGAAAACCACCUUGUUCAAUUAUAAAUUCAGUUGUCCCUGAUCUCAAAAAAACAGAAGCAGAAGAAGUUUCUAGUUUCUAUAUCCACCCAGAUGUUCAAAAGAAAUUAUUGCAGAUACAGAAUGGGGUGACUUUAAAGGAUCCAGUAUAUGACUUUAAUGGUGCAGGGGAUGAUGUAGUAUCUCGUUUUGAGGCAUCUGCUAAUGCUGGUGUGUGCUGUGAUCACCAAAGUAAACAUGCAAGGUGCAAUGAAGUGAACCAGUUGGUUAAGGCUGAGAAAAUGGGAAUUCUUGAAGUUUCUCCUGAAGAUGAAGUGGAAGGGGAGCUCAUUUAUUUUCAGCAUAGGUUGCUUGAAAAUGCAGUUGCAAGGAAGCAUUUCAUUGAGAAUUUAACAUGUAAUGUUGCUAAGAGUCUUCCAGAGGAGAUUGAUUUGGCACGAACAAGCAGAUGGGAUGCAGUGCUUGUUAACCAGUAUCUAUGUGAGCUUAGAGAGGCAAAGAAGCAGGGUAGGAAGGAGAGAAGGCACAAAGAAGCACAGGCUGUGCUAGCUGCUGCAACUGCUGCUGCUGCAGCCUCAUCUAGGAUCUCAUCAUUUAGGAAGGAUGCCUUCGAUGAAACUUCUCAUCAGGAGAAUAUGAUGAAGCUAAACACUUCCAGUGGGAGGUCUGGCAGUUGCUCACAGCUGAUUCCACGAGCAAAAGAGACACUUCAGAGGGUUGCUGUCCCAAGGAUUUCAUUAGAAAAGCACUCUGAUUUUGCUCAGUCUGUUGCAAAUUUUUCUAAAGAGCAUCCUAGAUCAUGUGACAUUUGCAGACGUUCUGAGACAAUAUUAAACCCUAUAUUAGUCUGUUCCGGUUGCAAGGUUGCAGUUCACUUGGAUUGCUAUCGUAGUGUUAAAGAAUCUACAGGCCCAUGGUACUGUGAGGUAUGUGAAGAAGCAUCAGCCUCUAGGAAUUCUGGAGCUCCUGCCGUCAACUUUUGGGAACAGUCUUUCUUUGUCGCUGAAUGUGGGUUAUGUGGUGGUACCACUGGUGCUUUUAGGAAAUCUUCUGGUGGUCAGUGGGUCCAUGCUUUCUGUGCAGAGUGGGUCUUUGAAACGACAUUUCGAAGAGGACAAGUAAAUCCUGUUGAAGGAAUGGAGACAGUUCCAAAGGGUGUUGAAUUGUGCUAUGUAUGCCGUCGCAAAUCUGGUGUCUGCAUAAAGUGUAGCUAUGGUCAUUGUCAGGCCACAUUUCAUCCGUCUUGUGCUAGAAGUGCUGGUUAUUACAUGAAUGUUAAGACUGCUGGUGGGAAGCAGCAGCACAAGGCUUAUUGCGAAAAGCAUAGUGUAGAACAGAGAGCAAAGGCUGAAACACAAAAACAUGGGAUCGAAGAGCUGAAGAGCCUUAAGCAAAUUAGGGUUGAACUAGAAAAGUUGCGCCUUCUCUGUGAGAGGAUCAUUAAACGUGAAAAAUUGAAGAGGGAAUUGGUUGUGUGCUCACACGACAUACUUGCUGUAAAAAGAGAUCAUGUUGCUCGAUCUUUGCUUGUUCGGAGUCCAUUUGUUCUACCUGAUGUUAGUUCAGAAUCAGCUACGACAUCCCUUAAAGGACAUACAGAUGGUUACAAAUCUUGUAGUGAAGCCAUUCAACAGUCAGACGAUGUAACUGUGGAUAGCACAGUCUCUGUGAAGCACGAAACUAAUGUCCCUGUUACUGCAGAUGACCAGAGGACAGAUGAUGACUGCUCCACAUCCCAAAGCCAUUUUACUCGAAAGCCAACGGAGAGGCAGCAAUUUGCAGGGAAACAGAUUCCUCACAGAUCACCACCUCCUAUUGCAACUCGAAAUCUGUCUGAUGAUGGGGGGUGGAGGUCAAAAUCUAGAAAGCAUGCUGAGACUUUUGAGAAAGAACUGGUGAUGACAUCAGAUCAAGCAUCCGUUAAAAAUAUGCGGUUACCUAAGGGAUAUGCAUAUGUUCCUGCUGAUUGCCUUCCAAACGAGAAGCAGACGAACCAGGACUGCGGUCCUGAUGAGCCAAUAGAACAUGGUGGGUAGUGUGCGGAAUCUGCUAUUCUGUGAAUGAAUUACAUGAGCACAACAAAAUAUUUGUCCAAGAUGAGUAUCCGCUGCAGACAAACCAUUGUCUCCCCGGAAACUGCCACGACUGUCCGAUAAAAAGAAGGGCAUGGCAGGGAAAGGGUUCUCGCCAAUGCAUCCCCUUGGGAAUUGCACUCUGGUUUGAGCUGGGAAGUUUUGGCAUCAUAUAAUUGUUGUAAAUUCUUUGUGAGAGUAACUGUAUAGUGGGUGAGAGUUCUCAUUUUUUUUUUUUUUUUUUUUCCCUCCUUUUCAUCCCGAUUUUACAUGUAUUAGAAGGGCAUUGAUUUCUUUAUCUUGAUGAUCAUCUGUUUUUAGGGGAAGUCAAAAGAGAAGCUCCGUAUGUAACUGUGUACAAGAAAUUAUAGGGGUAUCACCUAAUGGCUCUGUUCUGUAAAGUUAGUGUGUAAAUAUCCUUACAAUAUCAAUCUUAGAAAGGAAUUACGCUCUGCGUUUGAUUGAUGGAGCGUCUAAAUUACAA